GUUAAGACCGGUCAGGUCUGCGGGGUCCGGCCGUUCCGUCUUUCUCUCUCCCACCCACCGUGGCUUUGAGUUGCAAGUCAUCUCAUCUCCUGGUUUUCGUGUCCACUUUCGAAGAAUUAACACCAGCAAACCCUCUUGCAGAUCUUGGCUGUGACCCCUCACUGCAGUCAUGGCCCCCAAAAAGAACAAGGCCACAAAGAAGACCAAAGCAGACAUCAAUGAGAUGUCCAUGCUGGUAGAUGAUGGAGCCGUCAAUAAAAUGAACGGCCUCAACGCUCUUCUAGAAGGUGGUAACGGCUUCAGCUGUAUCUCCACUGAAGUCACAGACCCAGAGUAUGGCCCGAGUCUCCUGGAAGGCCUGAGCACCAUGAGGCAAGAUAGCUUUCUCUGUGACCUGACUGUUGUCACCAAGUCCAAAUCCUUCAGUGUUCACAGAGUCGUAAUGGCUUCCUGCAGUGAGUACAUACGCAGUGCUCUGAAGAGAGACCCCACAGCCCAGAAAGUGGAGCUCAAUGAUUUGUCCCCUGUUGGUCUGGCUACCGCCAUCACUUAUGCAUACUCUGGAAAGCUCACCCUAUCCCUGUACACAAUUGGCAGCACCAUCUCGGUGGCCAGCUUCUUGCAGAUCCAUAGUCUGGUCAAGAUGUGCAGCGAUUUCCUAAUGCAGGAGCUGAGCGUGGAGAACUGCAUGUAUGUGGCCAACAUCGCUGAUACAUACAAUCUGAAGAACACCAAAGAGGCCGUACAGAAGUUCAUGCGGAGCAACUUCAUUGAGUUCUCUGAGAUGGAGCAGUUCCUGAAGCUUACAUAUGAGCAGAUUAGCGACUUCCUCAUGGAUGACUCUUUGCAGCUGCCCUCCGAGAUCACUGCCUUCCAGAUCGCAAUGAAGUGGCUGGACUUUGACGAGAAGAGGUUGAAGUAUGCUGCUGACCUCCUGGCCAACAUCCGCUUUGGCAUCAUCUCAGCCCCGGAUCUCGUCAACCACGUUCAGAGCGUGCCUAGGAUGAUGCAGGACACAGAGUGCCACCGGCUGCUCGUCGAUGCCAUGAAUUACCACCUGCUCCCCUACCAGCAGAACAUCCUGCAGUCGAGAAGAACCAAGGUCCGAGGGGGACAGCGGGUCCUACUCACGGUGGGCGGGAGACCGGCUCUGACCGAGAAGUCCCUCAGCAAAGAUGUCCUCUACAGGGAUGCUGACAAUAUCUGGAACAGGCUGACAGAGAUGCCCGCCAAGAGCUUCAACCAGUGCGUGGCUGUGCUGGAUGGCUUCCUGUACGUGGCAGGAGGGGAGGACCAGAACGACGCCAGAAACCAAGCCAAGCAUGCCGUCAGCAACUUCUGCAGGUAUGAUCCCCGGUUUAACACGUGGAUCCACCUCAGCAGCAUGAUUCAGAAGCGCACCCACUUCAGCUUGAACACCUUCAACGGGCUCCUUUUUGCUGUUGGCGGGCGCAACGGCGAAGGCGCGCAGACCUCCAUCGAGUGCUACGUGCCGUCCUCCAACCAGUGGCAAAUGAAGGCCCCCAUGGAGGUGGCCAGGUGCUGCCAUGCCAGCACCGUGAUUGACGGCAAGAUCCUGGUGACGGGGGGCUACAUCAGCAACGCCUACUCCCGCGCGGUGUGCUCCUACGACCCCUCCACGGAUUCAUGGCAGGACAAGAGCAGCCUGAGCACACCCCGGGGCUGGCACUGUGCAGCCACCAUAGCUGACCGUGCCUAUGUCAUCGGGGGCAGCCAGCUGGGGGGGCGCGGUGAGAGGGUGGAUGUGCUGGCGGUAGAGUGCUACAACCCUCAUAGCGGCCAGUGGAGCUACGUGGCACCCCUGCACACCGGCGUCAGCACGGCUGGGGUUGCAACGCUCGCCGAUCGGAUCUACCUCUUGGGUGGCUGGAAUGAGGUGGAGAAGAAGUACAAAAAGUGUGUGCAGGUGUACAACCCCGAUCUGAACGAGUGGACUGAGGACGACGAGCUGCCCGAGGCCACUGUGGGCAUCUCCUGCUGCGUCAUCACCACACCCACCCGCAAGAGCCGCGAGAGCCGGGCCAGCUCCGUGUCCUCAGCGCCCGUCAGCAUAUGAAGGCCCAGCAGGUAGGACCGAGUAGAUCAGGAGCAGACUGUGGAACAGAACCCACCCAGCCAGUUAUUUAAUUGAAUAUGUAUUUAAGAUCUUUUUUUCCAACUCCACUUACUGAAGACAUGUUUCGGUUAUAUUUAAUAUUAUAAUUAGUGUAAAAAGUUUAAAUUAAAUAUUUCUAGAGGUACAUAAUGUUCACCAACCAACGUUUGCUCUUCAAGGCUGAUUUUGAUUGAGAUUUUCAAGAUUAUAUGCAUUUCAUGAGUAACACAAUUGUUUAAAAGUAGUUUUUGUAACUGAAUGUGUCAGGACUUGUUGACACAAAGAACAAGGCACGAGUAAAAUGUGUUUUCUUACUUAUGGGUUUAAAACACUUAAAUGAGUGUUUUUAUUCCCCUCUGGGGCCAAUUCUGCAUUGACAUUCUGUCUUUAUCUGCCUGAUCUCAUGACAAAACAUGAAGGAGUUGCAAUGUGUGCAGUUAAAGUUCAUCAUUAACAUUUAUGCUGUAGCUACACCAACCCUUUACAGUCCACAGGGAUUCCUCCAUCUUUGUAGGCUAGUGGUUUUCACCAUGUUGUCGUGAAUGACACUCCAGCAGCUCUUUGCAUUUUCAGGUUUCUCCAGACUCAUGAAUAAUGUACAUGUGACCUCUCUGCAAAACUGGGAAUCCUGUGAAUCAUGAGAGAAGGAUGCAAGAGCUGUUAUGUUCAGAUAAUAGAGCUAAAAACUCUAUGAGAUGCAUUUAUGUAUAGCAGCAUAAUUAUAGUCUAUUUUUCUUUUAAAUCUGCCACACAACUGUGAGAUACUGUAACCAGCUGGAAUGAGGCACAGGGAAGGUCACUUAAAUCAGCUGAAGAAUGCAAGCCUGGGAUAAAAGAACAGGCCUCUUACUCCCAUGCAGCUUCACUUUCACUUUUUACACAAACCUAAGAAGCAAAAAGAGCAGGCUAAUGUUUUUGAGAAGCUGUGCAACAGAGAACAACUGAAUUCUACAAAGCUUCAGAUUAAAAGUUUGAUGAAAAUGACAGGAAAAUGUGAAUGUAGCACUUUGCAGCAGAGGACAGCGUAAUGUGGAAUCAUACGAGUGUGACAGGGGGUGGGGGCUGAAUGUGCUGCACUUGUGUGGACUGGGGGGGUUGUUACUGAAGUGAGUAACUAGUGAACCAAGCCGAGAGCCUGGGCUGCCUCAGGGAUGCGUGCGUGUUACUUUAACGUGACGCCUAACACCCUCAGACAGUUCAUGUUUCAGUGAUUUCAUGGCUCGAACUGAAAAAUGUGAACGUUCCAGCAGGACGUGUAAGACAGAGCUGAGCUGCUGUAUGUGAUUCUUCCUUGUUUUUAUUGUCAUUACCGAAAUUCCACAUUGCACCGUAAAUAAAAUCAGAAUAAACUUUUUUUGUCAUAUCCUA